UCUGGUCAGUUGCACCUUCUGGGUCACUGGUAGCCGUGGGAGCUGGGUGGGGCUUCGGCGAUGAUCCGGCAUUAAGGACCUGGAGUCCUCUUCUGUCUCAGGAAUUGUGUAUAUCAAUGGCAGAAUCCUCCAGUGAUUCAGACUACUACCGCCAUCAAGACCAAUUCAGUCGAUGGGCUCCAAGGUCAACUCACAGGAGAACUCAAAAUCACCCUACAGCGGAUGUCACCAAGAAGGUCAACACUAUAACAAGUACUUUACAGGACACCACUCGGAACCUGCGACAAGUGGACCAGAUGCUUGGACACUAUCGAGAAUAUAGUAAUGAACAGGCGGGUGCUAUAGAAAAAUUAAAAGAAAGCUUGGAACAAUCAAUAGGCCAACUUCGGAAUCAACGUUUAUUGAGAAACUCAGGAGGGAGAAGUAUUUCUGUUACAAGUUUGAGUGCAAGUGACCUUGAUGGUGGAACUGCAACAGACAGCCACCGUUUUCCACCUACCUCACCUCUCAAGGACUAUGGGGAUCCACAAGGUAGUAAACCAAUGAAGUCCAGACCAACUGGUGUCCGGUUUGUUCGGGAGACUGAUGACGUGGGCCAGGUACUUAGGACCAUUCUGUCGGAUGCUGAAACAAAAAGGGCUUUGGAAGAAUUGACUGAAAAACUUCAUGUCCAGAGACAAGAAGUGAUUUCAGAUCGGGUAGAGCAACGGCUUCAGGAAAUAGAAAGAGAGAUGCGCACAGAAAGAGAGUUGGUGGAAAAACGUCAGGAUCAACUGGGGCUUAUGUCCUUGCAGCUACAGGAGGCACUGAAGAAACAAGAAGCUAAAGCAGAUGAGAAUGAGGGAAUAAUGAAAAAUAAGCUAAAACAAACGGAAACUGAGAAGAGUCAACUUGAACAGGAGUUGGAGCUAUCCCGAAGGUUAUUGAAUCAAUCAGAAGGCAGCAGAGAAACACUUAUGUAUCAGAUAGAGGAACUGCGUACACAACUAAUGAAAGCAGAAGGUGAUCGAAAGGGUUUACAACAUCAAGUAUCCCAGAUUUCCAAGCAACAGUCAAACCAUCAGGAUGAACAAGCAGAUGACUGGAGGUUUAGAAGAGGGGUUGAGCGGGAAAAACAGGAUCUGGAGAAGCAGAAGUCAGAUUUGAGAGUGCAGCUGAACUUCAACGCAAUGGCAUCAGAGUUAGAGGAAGUGAAGCGGUGCAUGGAGCGAAAAGACAAGGAGAGAGCACAUUUGGCAGUUGAAGUAGAGAACUUAACACGGGAAUUGGAGAACAAGGAAAAACAGCAACUGCAGAUGCUGGAUCGACUUAAGGAGAUCCAGAAUCACUAUGAGACAUGUGAGGCUGAGCGUAAGCGUGCUGACCUCCAGAUUUCAGAGCUGACUCAACAUGCAGAGGAUGCGACCAGACAGGCAGAGCGGUAUCUCAGUGAGUUCCAGCAGUCAGAGGUCCUGAGAGAGGAGGCAGAAAAGAGGAGAGAAGAGCUGAAAAUGAAAGCUCAGGAAUCCAUUAAGCAGUGGAAGCUUAAGCAUAAGAAAUUAGAGCGAGAGUUGGAGAAACAGUCUGAAACUCUUGAUGAACUGACAGACAAGAAUAAUCAGAUUCUAAGAGAAAGGGAUGAAUUGAAAAGCCAGCUUUAUGCAGCCUUACAACAAAUAGAGAAUCUUCGAAAGGAAUUGAACGAUGUCUUAACCAAGCGAGCCCUUCAGGAAGAGGAGCUUCACUGUAAAGAGAAGAAACUAAGUGAUGUGAAGUCUCAUCAAGCAGACCUUGAACAAGAAGUCAAGGAUUCCCUAGACACCAUACAUAGGCUAGAAAGUGAAUUGAAAAAGCAGAGUAAGAUUCAGAGCCAACUGAAAGCUGAGAAAACUCACCUGGAGGAAGAAAAUGCAGCACUAAAGAAGAGCCAGGCUGAGGAUAAAGCUAAACUUCUGGAGAUGCAAGAGUCUGUCAAGGAUUUGAGUGCCAUCCGAGCAGAUCUUGCUAACAAAUUGGCCGAGGAAGAAAGAGCCAAGAAAGAGGUGCUUAAGGACCUUUCUGACCUCAAGACCCAUGAGAAAUCCAGGGAGGAUGAAACAGCUACAAUCAUCAAGCAGUUAAAGCUAGAGCGAGAUGUUCACCAGAGGGAGCUGAAAGAUCUUACAUCAUCAUUGCAGAGUGUGAAAACUAAACACGAACAAAAUAUCCAGGAGCUGAUGAAGCACUUUAAGAAAGAAAAGAGUGAGGCCGAGAAUCAUAUUAGGACACUGAAGGCAGAAAGCUUAGAAGAUAAGAAUACAGCUAAAGUCCAUCUCUGGCAGCUGGAGAAGUUAAAAUCACAGUGUGACAGGCUGACACAAGAAUUAGCCCAGAAUGAGGAGGAGAACAAAAAACUGAAGCUAAAGUAUCAGUGUUUGAAGGAACAACUAGAAGAAAAGGAAAAGCAUAUAACCAAUGAAGAAGAGAACUUAAGGAGGAUGGAAGAAGCCAGAUUGCAGCUCAAGGAUCAACUUCUUUGUCUGGAGACUGAACAGGAAUCCAUUUUUGGCAUGAUAGGAAAGGAAAUUGAUGCAGUUUGUAAAACCUUCUGGAGGGACUCAAUGGAGAAAAUGAAAGUUUUUUCAUCUGUUCCUGAUAGACAUUUUGACCCACAUCGCUGGUUAGCAGAAAGCAAGACUAAACUUCAGUGGCUCUGUGAGGAAAUGAAAGAGAGAGAAAGCAGAGAGAAAAAUCUGCGGCACCAGCUAAUGUUGUGCAGACAACAGCUUAAGAAUAUGACUGAAAACAAGGAAUCUGAGCUCCAGUAUCUCUUUGAACAGAUAGAAAGGCAGGAGCAACUUCUGGAAGAUAUACAUCGGGAGAAGAGAGAUCUGCUGGAUGAAAACCACAGAAAAGAUGAAGAAAUGGAAUCUCUGCAGCCGAAGCUACUGUUUAAAAUUGCACCUUGGGAAGAUGCUAGUCAUACUGCAGUGAAAAAUCAGAGUGAAGCUCAAUUUGAAGAAAAAGCAGACCGUGUAAUUGCAUUAGAAAUGAGUACCCGAGUGGCCUUGGACCAUCUGGAGUCUGUGCCUGAGAAACUGAGCCUACUAGAAGAUUUCAAAGACUUCAGAGAUUCCUGUGGUUUAUCCGAGAGGACUGAUGGGAGAUAUUCUAAAUACAAAGUGCAGAGAGAUUCUCUUCAGCUGCGCCGAGAUGAUACCAAGUACAGAAUUAAAAACUUCAAAGAUGAAGGUUCCCAUGUUCAUGGGUUAGAUCACUCAUCCUCUUGGCAGGACCACAGUAGCCUCCUGUCUAGUCCACGAUUUUCACACUUCAACUCAUUUACGAAAAGAACAGCUUCUGUGGAUUCAGCUUCAGUCAAGGAAGAUUCCACAAGUUUAACAAUGAAUGAGAAAAGUCCACAAUCCAAAAAGGAGGAAUCUGAGAGCAAAAAAAGCAAAAUGUAAUUAGUCACCUGACAUGAGUAUUUUAAAAAUGAUGGCAUAUCUUCCCUUGCUACAAUAUGACCCAGAUUAUCUAGGAAACAUACCUGCAGCUUCAGAAUUUCCAAACAUUGACUAACAUGACCAAACACUUGGUCUCUGUGAAUGAUAUAUGUUAAACCAAUCCAAAUAAUAUUGGCUGAAUGACUUAUGGGCAACUUAUACCAGUAGAGAAAGAAUAAUAUUUUUCACUGUGCAUUUUCUUUUUUCAGGUGUGGUCAGAUCACAUUUUCCCUGAACAAAAUUUGGGUUUAUAAUUGAGGUCUCUCAAAAAUUACUGGGUAAAGAGGAGGAAAUUGAGUUCCCCUUAAGGCAAAAGUUGCCAGCACUUUAGAGUCAGGAAGCAUUUAUAUAAAAUUGAUUUUUUUUUUUAAAAAAAUGCCUUCUCUCUAAUAAAUUAUCAUGUGUUAUAACAUGUCGUGGAACUAUGCAUAUAUAAUAUUAGAUAGUCAUUUUAUAAAUACUCAGGAUUAUUACUUCCACCAUCUCAGAAGUCUGUUACUAAGUACACUAUCUUAAAAUUAUUUCCAAUCAUCCAUUUUUAAUAUCAAUAAAGAAUUUAUAAAUGACUCCUGAUUGUAAUGUACUAUAAAGAACUCAUAGCACAAUUUAUUUAUUUGUCUUUUUGUGGCCAAAUACCCCACCAUGAUUAUUUCAGUCGUAUCCUGGACCAUCUUUGGUUUACUCUGACCAAAAUCAUAGUCCCAAACUCCUGUGUCCACAAGUUCACUCUGUAGGAAUUCUCAUGUAAUUUGGUACUCUCUGCUUUCAGCAUCCCAGCUUGUCUCAACAUCAAAGUGUUUUUAAGAACUUUCAUACCAUUUACCUAUUGAUCUAGUAGUUGAGAAAGAUUUAUAUUAAAUGCUAAAUAAUGAUAAACAUCCAGGAACUGAAUCCCACUGGGUCACAGAGGCAAGAUU